AAAUAUGAUUGAUUUUUUAACGGUGAUGUGUUCCUUUGGGUCAUUGAGUCGGUAUAGGCCUGCCGCAGGUAGACAAACGCAUUCGUCAUAGCAAUUAGCGCAUAAAUUAAGUUAGCUCGCGUCUAUUGUUAACACGGGCGCGUAUGAGAAAUCGGAGCUCAUUAUUAGUAGUACAUGUUUCUGGGAUUUAUUCAUCUUUCAGAUUUGUGUGAAUCAGUGAAAAAUUGUCAAACUCAGCGGAGAAAAGUCCUAUAAUGUCAACAAUCUGAAACAUUGGUCGGUAGUUGUCCGAAAGUGUUUCCUCAGAAUUCCCUCAUCAUGAAGAAAUCCAGUGUUUGUUUUAUUUCGUUGUUGGUCUUGGUGAACGUCUUCCGGGGACUCCAUUCAUUUGAAUGUCCGGAGUACAUGCGGCGCCGGUACGACUAUAUCGUAGUGGGAUCCGGAUCUGCGGGAACAGUACUUGCCGCUCGACUCUCAGAAAAUCCAGAUCACAGAGUGCUCUUGGUGGAGGCCGGCGAAUCGGACCGGGAGAGAAAGGAGACCCCCUACAUCGAUAUCCCCGCCCUCUACCCCCUGCUGGUCAAUUCCUCAGUGGACUGGGGGUACUAUAGUGUUCCACAGAGACACGCAGGAUAUGCCUUCAAUAAUAGGCAAUUUCCUCUCCCUCAAGGAAAAGUAAGUGGGGGAACAUUCAGCAUCAACAAAAUGAUAUAUCAGCGUGGAAGUCGCCACAUUUAUGAUUACUGGGCAUCAUCCGGGGCCUCGGGCUGGAGCUUCCGGGAAAUUUUAAAAUACUUCCGGCGGUCCGAAGAUAUCGCAGUUCCGGAGUUGGCAAGAUCAACUUACCAUGAGCAGUGUGGCCAGCUCCGGGUGUCUCGACUCCCGCCCAGCCCGCUCCUCAAGCUCUACCUGAAAGCCGCCAAUGGUCUGGGCUACCGGACCAUCAACUGUAACGAGGGAACAGAUAUCGGUGUAUGUAGGAUUCAUACUAACAUUAAGUUUGGUGAGCGCUGGAAUACGUUAAAAGGCUUCAUAAGACCUGCUCUGGGCAGAAGAAAUCUGGAUAUGGUCACAGAUGCUCAUGUGUCAAAGGUGCUGAUUUCUAACAGAAAAGCCCAGGGUAUAGAGUUUAUUCACCGAGGAAUAUCCUUCAGCGUACAGACAGAUAAGGAAGUAAUUCUGGCGGCCGGAACAUACGGAUCUCCGGCGAUCCUAAUCCGGUCUGGCAUCGGACCCGCAGAACUUCUUCAGAAACUCCAGAUACCGCCAAUUUCUUUGAUACCGGUCGGGGAAUCCCUUCAAGACCAUCCAACAGUCAACAUUAGAGUCCUAGUUAAAGUGCCCACCAUCAAACCUCAUGCUAUUGCUGAUCAGGUCAAAAACAACCAGUAUCUGUUUCAGAGGACAGGACUGUUGGCAGAAUUGCGUGGCACCGAAGCUCUUCUUACACUGCAGUCAAACCCUAACUCUAUCAUUGCUUAUCCUGACCUUCAAAUAACCUUCACAAGUUCUCUGGGUGACCAUGAUCCCAUGAUUGACUACGUUGGAAACAAAAAUCUUACGUUUAUAAAGUCUUGGUACUCUAUUGCAAGGGGGAGAGAUGGUGUAACAUUAAACAUCAAGUUGUUGCAUCCCGCUAGCAGGGGGAAAAUGAUAUUAAAUAGUGUGGACCCCAAGGUGUCCCCAUCUAUUGAUCCUGCAUAUCUAUCAUCACCAGAAGAUGUCAAAUUACUCAUUAAAGGAAUUAGAAAAGCACAGGAGCUGUUAAAGACGCCAGCUUUCCGGGAUGUUAGAGCUUCUCUGGGUCCUUCAUUCUCGGGCUGUUUGCACUUCGUGCAAGACUCCGAUGCAUACUGGGAAUGCUACAUCCGGCAUUUCAUGGAACCAGGUCAUAACCCUGUCUCAACUAAUAAAAUGGGGUCCGUCAAUGAUGGCUCCACAGUAGUGGGACCAAAUCUGAAAGUGAAAGGCGUAAGCGGCCUUCGUGUUGCAGAUGCUUCCAUCAUACCAGAAAUAACAGAUUAUACUAAUGCAGCAACAAUCAUGAUAGCAGAAAAAGCCGCUGAUUUGAUUAGGAGUGACGCUAACAACCCUCUGUAGGAAACCAGUGAUAGAUUCCGCGACAAAAUAUGAUGAAGACUGCGCAGGAGAGGACAGACAAGCAAAAAAAAAAAAAAAAAAAAAGGGAAAAAAAAAGAAAAGAGUAAAGCGAAAGAAAGGGGCUUUGUUCGUAGUACUUGCGAUUUCUUUUUUUUUUUUUUCUUUUUCUUUUUUGACAGCAUUUUCUUAACUGUUUAUCAUCACAUCAUAAUCAAUUGUAUGCUGUAAUACUCAUUCAAGAAGAGGGAGAGAUCGUGGUUUGUUUAAGAUAUAACUAUAUGUAGAUCGAACAUUCCCUACCGUCGUUUUCGUGGGAUUUAAUAUUCAAUGUUUUCGUGAUCUGGACACAAUCACAAAUUUAAAUCCUCCAUAAACAUUAAAAUGAAUAUCAAUAAUAUCAACUCUUCAACCUUGAAAUUAAAUCUUCUUGAACAAACGAAAUUUUGACCCCAUGGAAAUAUAUGAUUCUACAAUACUUUCUAAUUUAUAUCUUUAUAAUGAUCUAGCUUACCAAUACAACCUGUCAUUGGGUUAAAUGUUGUCUAACGUGUUUCAUACCAAUUAUUAGGCCGUUCCUAGCACACUAAUUCUGACUACGGAUUACUCCGUUUAACUGAUCAAUAUAUAGGGCUCACGGAGGGUGUGACCGGUCGAUAGGGAAUGCUUACUCCUCCUAGACACCUGAUUCCCCAGCCUGGUAUGUCCAGGCGUCCGUGUUUGCCCAACUCUACAUUUUGUAUUCAUUAUGUUAUGAGAUUGAUCAUCUUAGAAAUAAUAACAAAGACCGACGACUGUGAUCUAAUAAGCAAGGAGCCGUUCUAUCUUAUUAUUUACAACACGAAAUUUACAUGUUUACCACGUGUAUUGUAUUCUUUAUUGUUAAAAGCAUACUUAAUUGAACAUACCAUUAGAGACAAUGAAUCGGUCUCUAAGAUAGCGCCAGGGAAAAUAGUUCAACUCAUAAUGUAUAGUGUGCUGUAAUAUACAAUGUAUAUAAAGAACGCUUGCCUUGUCCCCCAUAAAGCAAACACAUCUACGAAACUGUGAUGGUGUCGAAAGUGCAAUGCCAGUUAUUCCAGGAAAUAGAAUAGUGUUUUAGACGCCUCAAAAGGGAAAUGAUGCCUAGAAAAACUUUUUCAUUCAGCCAUUGUAAUAUUUUUGCUUGUAUAAAAUCAUGUUUGUGCUUCCAUGUUGACGAACAAGUUUGUCAUACCCUUCACUGAUGUUUCAACAAGAUGUAGAAUCAUAUAGAAAAACGGUUUCAUGUCUAAGAAAUGUUAAUAUUGUUUCGAUGUACAUGUAAUUUUCAUUAAUUAGAACAACAGCAUUGAGAUUGCGAUAAAUACUGUAAACAGGGUUAUUUUCGCCCCGUGUUAUUUUCGCCUUUCUACAUUUGCAGGCAGUUUUGCCCCGUUUUGAUUUCGCCCAGACAUAGCUGUGUUAAAAGACAGAUAUGAGAGAAAACAGUUUCGCCCACUCUUAAAUUCGCCCAGUGACAACGAGUGCGAAAGGGACAAAAAUAAAACGGGGGCGAAUAUUUCCCUGCAUACAUUAUUUACAUGUAGAGUACAAGAUAAUGGUUUGUAUGCGAUAAACCAAGCCUGUUUAGACUUUGGUCGAACAUUAAGAAUCACGAGAUGUGUGUACUAUAACGUGGGGUGUCAUAUUGAGGCCUUCCGCGGAUAAUAUUGUGUGCUUAAGCAUGCGCAUUGCUGUAUAUCGGAAUACAUUAUGUAGACUACAUGUAUGAUAUUUACUACAAACUGUCACAAUAUCAAUAUUUGAUGACCUGAAUAAACUCGCUGACAUAAACACGCAAAUGUAUUUUAUGGAGUGUAAAUAUCAA